UAGUAGUACGUACAUUGUUUGCGCCAGCUCUAUAUGGGUCCUUCUUCAGCCUGUCAAAUGUGGUUAAAAACAGAGGAAAGCAGGGUAGUGAACUAGGGGCUGCCUGUUUGCAAAACUGACAUGGUAAGAAAAUAAAAAAAUACGGAAUUAUUAUAAGUGCUUUAGCUUUUAACGCGCGGGUUUAUUUAUCAUAACCCGACAAAUUAACGAUUGUUAUACAACUACUAGACGUUUUUUACAAAUGCCGGUUCUUAAAGAAGAAUAUACGAAUGCAUGUUGUUGUUAACAUCAAAUACCACUCAGAAUAAUUUGUACGAAUGUUUAAACUUUCAACAGACGUGGCUGACUUCCCAAAAGAGAUAUGCGGUACGCAGAGUGGCAUCCUGUAUUCACGUACUAUAUCAAAACCUACCUGCAGACAAUCUACAGCGCUAGAUUCAUUGCAAUUGAAACUAUACUGCACACUGUCAUUAGUGCUGCCCCUCCGUACUAACCACAGGAUCAUCCCCAGUUAGUCUGUUGCAAUGUUUUUCUAGUUUAGGAUCAUAUGGACAUUUCAAUUCUGCACCUUUUACACGUGAAUCAUCUUCUAUUGAAAACAAGUGAUGCGUGAAGGGCAACCGUUUUUGUACAUAGAACCCUUUUAAUGAUGGAUAACUUCCUGGGCAUGUAUGAAGAACCAGCCGAUUCAACGAAACAGCAGGAAAGGCAUUACUAUCUCCUGUCGGAGCUCCAGAACCUUGUUAAAGACUUGCCCAGUUCAUUCCAGCAACGCCUGUCGUACACCAUGCUAAGUGAUCUGGCAUUGGCACUGAUUGAUGGGACAGUAUUUGAGAUUGCCCAUGGUCUGCUGGAUAUCCAACACCUGACAGAGAAAAACCUGUACAACCAGAGGCAGAAACUGCAUGGCGAGCACAGAGGACUCAAGCAAGAACUGGUUCGAAAACACAAGGAAGCCCUGCAGUCAUGCAAGACACACAACCUGUCUGUUCUUAGAGCAGCCCAGCAGAGGGAGCUAGAGGCUCUGGAACUGCGUGUUAAAGAUGAACAAAGGAUGAUGGAUGAAAAGAUCGUCCUAGAGCUGGAUCAGAAAGUGGUUGACCAGCAGAAUACCCUAGAGAAGGCUGGGGUUCCUGGAUUCUACAUAACAACUAACCCCCAGGAGCUGACCUUACAGAUGAACUUGUUUGAAUUGAUUCUAAAACUGCAACAGAAGGAAUCUCAAUCCGGAGGUCUUUUGAAGCACUGAACCUUCGGACUCUCCAGAUCUUUGAAAUCCCACACGGUUAUUGAAAAACGUGUUUCUGGAUCUGAAAGUGACUCCUCAGGCUUGUAAUGUUUGAAAGAGGCAGACCCAUCAAGAUUGGUCUAGUCCAUGGAUCCAAGGAUUUCACUGGACUCUGGUUUCACAUGUUCUAGGAAGUUGUUGUAUAUAACUAUAUACAAUUUAAAUACUUGAACAUUUAGUCAUCUGCCUAAAAGGAACUUUCAACGGAUGAGACUAAUGGUACUAUUCUAUUUGCACUAUGAAAUGGGGAAGUGAAAAUAGGUCUUGUUUAAAAUCAAAUUGAGGCUGCCACUGGUUACAUUUAUUUUACAGGUUGAUCUUAAACAAAGGUCUUACUGACAGUCCUCAAAUCAUUUUUCAAAUCCAUUCCAGAUCCAAAAAACUGCAUUACUUUGAAAGAAAACUGUCCCAGUUUAAUUUGAGUUUAGUACUUACUCAGACUUUUGUGCUGAAGAAAAUGUAGUUGUAUUUAAUUUUGUGUUUUAACCCUGUGGACUGACUCUUCCUUUCAUAUUUGUUAGAUCUCAGUGAGUACAGUGUCAGUGGGUGCAAAUCAGGGCCAUGAAGAAAUCCAAAACCUUACCAAGGACGCUGCCUCGUGUAUAUCAAUGCCUUGAAUGCAUUUGUGUGACUUAGCCAUUGAUUGUGAUAUAUAGAAUUGUUGCGAAUUUAAUUUGUAAUAUGAUGUGCAGUGUCUGAUCACACAAUUUUGCAAACAGAUCUACUCAAUGUUUAUAAAUAAAAUUGUUUAAUUUA